CAUUAGAGUAGUGGAAAAAGUUAUUAAGAAAACGCUCCGCUAUUCGUUCCAAUCCUCAAUUCCAGAAAAACCGCAAUUCCCAAUCCAUCAAAUCGAAGCCCUAAACUAUUUGUCCCGCUCCGGCUACAUGGAUACUGCUGCUAGCUCCGAGCGAUCCCCACGCUUUAGUUUCAGCUACCGUCGGGGCUCCCGCAGAAGAUCAGGCAACAAUUUAUCCGUGGAUGAAUUGAGGGAAGACGAGAAGACGAUCAAGAAGCUCAAAUUGGAAAACAGGAAACUAAGACGGCGUUUCGUGGAGGAAAGCGAGGACUUGCGCUUGCUUAGGGAGCAAUUCCAGCAACAGCUUGUAAUCAUGCGGGCAAUGAAAAUGCAGCUUGACAAUGUGGCAUUGACGACAAAGUUCCAAAAGUCGGCCGAGGUGGAGAUAGCUGACAAACUUGGCGAGAGCAUGCAACAGUUGUGCGAUUUCGAGACAUACCAGAAGGCCAUUCUGAAGAUUGCUCAAACUAUUUUAGAUCCACCGACUCCCGAGUCCUCGGAUGAUGAAGAAGAAGAGAUCCCACCGAGAACUUUGGCACAACAGAACCUGUUCUACUCGGAGAAAGUUCUGGAGAAAUACAAUCGUAAGAAUCAGGUUAGUACUUCAACGAUCACUGGCUCAUGGAGUCUGCCUGAAUCAAAGCAGGUCGAUCAAGGACUGCCGUCAGUUCAUUCCAAAGCGUGAUUGACACUCUCUGGCCCCUGAUAGCAAAACAAAGGAUCAGAUCUUACGUGAAGGUGACGAAAUAGUAUUCCCCAGUGCAAAAAUAAAAUCACAGAAAGACCUACUGUGCAUUCUCAAGGACCAGAACUUGUUUUGGAGUCGAGCCGUGAUUAGUAACCUGAUGAUCAAUCCCGCUAAUAGAAUGAAGACGACCGACAACAUCUGACCGGAAAAAAAGAACAGUAAGAAGACAUAAAACCCAAUCCAAUUCAGUCAAGAAAACGCAAUAAUCACCUGCAAGGAUACGAUUGUCCCCUGAACGGUUAGACAGCUCGCUAUAAGGAACAACCUCAAAGGAAUCAGUUGGAAAUUCAGCUGCAGGCAGAGAACAGGCCUGGAAAAUAGUGGUUGCUGACAACUCUAUUAUCAGAUCAAAUGAGCAAGCACGAUAGAGAUUCCUUGCAGCACUGAGACCAAAAGACCUAAGAACGUAGAUAACUCCCACGCGUAGCACACGCUCAAAUUCAGACCCAAUAGAGACAUCAGUCAGGCUCUGAAUGAGCAUACCCUAAAUUAAAAACAAAAAAAGACAGUCAAGAAAGAGCAAAGAAGGGAAAAAAAGAGCAAAAAAACAGAAAGCACUGUAAUCACAAAGAAUCAGCGUAAGAGAAUCACCGUCUGAUCCACCCAGAGGCAACAGUGAUUAAACAUCCUUGUCCCAGAAGGAUUCUUGGCAAACCACAUAUGGAGCAGACGAAGCCUCAGAGUCACCUCUCUGGUACCUCCUUUGAGAUUGCAGAGCAGAGUAGCAUCCAUGGUGAGGAAAAAGGCGAGAAAACAACGACUGAACCACAAAGAACAAAGAGGGAAGAAGAAAAAGAGGGAAAUGCGUUCCGAGAAUGAGCCCUCUUGCGCAAAAAGAAUGAGAAUUACCCUUCUCCACCUGAGCGCACGCAUCGAGGCACUGAAUGACGUGUACAGAGCUGGAAGCAGUAAAAUUUUUGACACCCUCCCGCCCUCAGGUGAAUAACCGGUAUCAAUCAGUUGUCUACAAUUCCCAGAGCACCUCCAAUCCCAGCCAAUCAACCGCCAAGUUUCUCCAACACAGUCCUACCAACAACAGCCCAACACGACCCUCUAGGAAUCCCUAACAGACACAAUCAUAUCACGCAAGACUCACUGAGGACAUCUGAAGGCCCCGUCCCUCAAGUGAAUAACCGGUAUCAAUCAGUUGUCCACCAUUCCCAAAGCACCUCCAACACCAGGCAAUCAGCCGCCAAGUUUCUCCAACACAGUCCUGCGAACAACAGGCCAACACGACCCUCUAGGAAUCCCUAACAGACACAAUCAUAUCACGCAAGACUUACCGAGCACAUCUGAAGGCCCCGUCCCACGUGGCCGAGCAGGGGCAAAGUCACAUAUCGAUCUCUGAUGACCAACGCGCGUCCGGGCCGCCAAACGACCGCAACUAAGGCCAACCAGAAGCCAACGACCAGUCCAACCCCGACCGAGCCCCCAAACUCCGUCAGAUCCCAAUGAGGCCUCACCCAACUCCAGCCCACACCGAAGGACACGCCAGUUUGAAACAGUAAAUCUCAGUCACGUUGUACAGUAAAAGGUAUCUGCGUGUACAGUACACGGGCAUGCGGCGGGUUUCUUUCUUUCCAUUAAAAAAAACAGAAUUACCGAUUUGUAAUCAAGUGGUCCGAUUCGUGAUCAAGAAGCCUGACCCCAUGCGGACACGGAGAGGCCGUCAACCAAAGAGCAAAAUUCCAGGAACAGCUUGUAUAUUAAAGGACGCCAAUUCCC